AUGCUGCUUCUGCCAUUUCAACUGUUAGCUGUUCUCCUCCCAGGUGUUGACAAUGAGGAUGGCUUCCAGGGACCAAGCUCUUACCAUGUCAUCCAGAUCUCAUCCUUUGCCAACAACACCUGGGCAAAAAAUCGAGGUUCAGGCUGGUUGGAUGAUUUGCAGAUUCACGGCUGGGACAGUGACUUGGGCACUGGCAUAUUCCUGAAGCCCUGGUCCAAAGGCAACCUCAGUGAUGAGGAGAUUGCUGAGCUGGAGGAACUAUUCCGAAUCUACUUCUAUGGAUUUACUGAAGAAAUCCAGGAGCAUGCCACUGAAUUCCAGAUAGAAUACCCCUUUGAGAUCCAGGGCAUAGCAGGCUGUCAGCUACAUUCUGGGGGAGCCAUAACAAUCUUCGUGAGUGGAGCUUUAGGAGGACUGGAUUUCCUGAGAUUUGACAAUGAUACAUGUGUGCCUUCCCCAGAGGGUGGUAUCAAAGCACGGAUACUCUGCACACUACUCAUGCAAUAUCAGGGAAUGAUCGUCAUUGCAAAGAAGCUCCUGUUUGAAACCUGCCCCCAAUUUCUGUUGAGCAUCCUGGAUGCAGGGAAGGCAGAGCUGCAAAGGCAAGUGAAGCCUGAGGCCUGGCUGUCCAGUGGCCCCAGCCCUGGACCUGGCCGUCAGCUGUUGGUCUGCCACGUCUCAGGAUUCUACCCAAAGCCCGUGUGGGUGAUGUGGAUGCGGGGUGAGCAGGAGCAGCCGGGCACUCAGCACAGCGACCUCCUGCCCAAUGCAGACUGGACAUGGUAUCUCCGAGCAACCCUGGACGUGGCAGCUGAGGAGGCGGCCAGCCUGUCCUGCCGGGUGAAGCACAGCAGUCUAGAGGGCCAUGACAUCGUCCUCCACUGGGGACAACCCAUCUCUAUUGCUUUGAUGUGUGUGGCAAUAAUAGUGCCCUCCUUCAUCCUUUUACUGAUCUUUGCAUUAUGGUAUAUGAGGCGCUGGUGA